UUGUUGUGUCACGUGACGGGGGAGUAACGAGGUGAAUGCGCCGGGUCGAAUUCGUGAGGAAGAGUCAAAAAUUUUCACACUAUCGACUUUGAGCAAACCAAUUACAAGAUGGAUGUACGAAAAGUGACAGAAUUGUUGCGUGCCACGAUCGACCCAGCGCAACAGAAGCAAGCUGAAGAACAGUUAAAUCAGAUCCAUAAAAUUAUUGGUUUUGCACCAACACUUCUCCAAGUAGUAAUGACUGCAGAGCAAAUGCCUGUACGACAAGCGGGUGUUAUAUAUUUGAAGAAUCUGAUUACAACAAAUUGGGCUGAUAGAGAAAGUGAAAAUGGUCCUGUUGAGUUUAGUAUUCAUGAACAAGAUCGUGCAAUGAUUCGUGAUGCAAUUGUUGAUGCUCUUGUGCAUGCUCCAGAACUUAUCAGAGCGCAGUUGGCUGUUUGUAUUAACAAUAUUGUGAAACAUGAUUUUCCUGGAAGAUGGACACAAAUAGUGGACAAAAUUACAAUAUAUUUACAGAAUUCAGAUGCCUCCUGCUGGCCAGGUGUUUUACUUGCACUCUAUCAGCUUGUUAAAAAUUUCGAAUAUAAAAAGGCAGAGGAAAGAGGACCAUUGAAUGAAGCAAUGAAUCUUUUAUUUCCUAUGAUUUAUCAAUUAAUGUUGCGACUUUUACCAGACUCUUCAGAACAAUCAGUGUUGCUUCAAAAACAAAUAUUGAAAAUAUUUUUUGCCCUGACACAGUAUACACUUCCUUUAGAUCUGAUUUCAAAAGAAGUUUUUUCACAAUGGAUGGACGUGGUACGACAAGUUGCCGAUAGACCUGUUCCUCCUGAGACUAACAAUCCAGAUUUAGAUGACGACGACCGAGCAGAACUGCCAUGGUGGAAAUGUAAAAAAUGGGCACUUCAUAUUCUUCAUAGAGUGUUCGAGAGAUAUGGCAGUCCCGGAAAUGUAACCAAAGAAUAUCAGGAGUUUGCUGAAUGGUACCUGAGAACUUUCAGUGGAGGUAUACUUGAAGUCCUUUUAAAAAUUUUGGACCAAUAUCGAAGAAAGAUAUAUGUAUCACCUAGAGUGAUACAACAAUCAAUUAAUUACAUUAAUCAAGGAGUAAGUCAUGCAUUUUCAUGGAAGUUCUUAAAACCACAUAUGUUCGAGAUAAUUCGUGACGUGCUAUUUCCAAUACUUUCAUACUCCGCUGCAGAUGAAGAGCUUUGGAUUAAUAACCCAUAUGAGUAUAUUAGACUGAAAUUUGAUAUAUUUGAAGAUUUUGUAUCUCCAGUGACUGCGGCACAGACUUUAUUACAUUCUGCUUGUAAAAAACGUAAAGAUAUGCUUCAAGAAACUAUGCAAUUCUGUGUGGAAGUAUUAACUAGUCCAAAUGCAGAUCCGAGGCAGAAGGAUGGUGCACUACAUAUGGUUGGAAGUUUGGCAGAUGUAUUAUUGAAAAAGAAAGUUUAUAAGGAACAAAUGGAUAAGAUGUUGUUACAGUAUGUCUUUCCUGAAUUCAAUAGUCCUCAUGGUCAUAUGAGAGCAAGAGCUUGUUGGGUAUUACACUAUUUUUCCGAAAUAAAAUUUAAACAAGAACAAAUAUUAGUCGAAGCAGUUCGACUAACGACGAGUGCUCUUCUUACGGACCAAGACUUGCCGGUUAAAGUAGAAGCUGCUAUUGCUUUACAAAUGCUUCUUUCUGCUCAAGAAAAAGCACAAAAAUAUGUAGAACCGUUAAUCAAACCGAUAACGCUUGAAUUAUUGACCAUCGUACGAGAAACUGAAAACGACGAUUUAACAACUGUUAUUCAAAAAAUGGUACAUACAUAUUCAGAUCAGCUUAUGCCAAUCGCAGUUGAAAUGUGUCAACAUCUUGCUACAACUUUUAGCCAAGUACUCGAAACAGACGAAGGUAGCGAUGAAAAAGCUAUAACUGCCAUGGGAUUGUUAAGUACAAUAGAAACCUUAUUGUCUGUCAUGGAAAAACAACCACAAAUCAUGGCACAAUUACAACCGACAGUGCUUCAAGUUGUUGCUCACAUUUUUGGGGAAAGUGUUAUGGAAUUCUACGAGGAAGCUCUUUCAUUAGUGUAUGAUCUCACGAAAACCACAAUUUCAGAAGAUAUGUGGAAAGUCUUGGAAUUAAUGUAUCAGUUAUUCCAGAAAGACGGUUUUGAAUAUUUUACUGAUAUGAUGCCUGCUCUUCAUAAUUACAUCAUAGUUGAUACUCCGGCAUUUCUUUCUAAUGAAAAUCACAUACUAGCUAUGUUUAAUAUGUGCAAAGCUGUAUUAACUGGUGAUGCCGGAGAAGAUCCAGAGUGUCAUGCUGCCAAACUGUUGGAAAUAAUAAUUUUACAAUGUAAAGGUCAUAUUGAUCAGUGUAUACCUUCACUUGUACAAUUGGUGUUAGAACGUUUGAUGCGCGAGGUUAAAACAUCUGAACUAAGAACCAUGUGUUUACAAGUAGUAAUCGCAGCUCUUUAUUAUAAUCCGGCACUGUGUCUCGAAACAAUGGAUAGAUUACAAGGAAGUUUUGGACAGUCAACAGAACCAAUUGCUUCACAUUUUAUUAAACAAUGGAUACACGAUACGGACUGUUUCUUAGGGUUGCAUGACAGAAAACUCUGUGUUCUUGGAUUGUGUACUUUAAUUAGCAUGGGCCCAGCAAGACCGCCAGCAGUAAACGAAUGCGCUCAGCAAAUUAUACCAUCUUUAAUUCUUCUUUUCGAUGGUUUGAAAAGGGCUUAUGCAGCUAAAGUAUCUGAUACUGAUGAUGAAGAAAAUGAAGAAGAUGAUAGCGAUAUUGACACAGAAGUGUUAUCAUCGGACGAAGACGAAAUCGACGAUGCUAGUCAAGAAUAUUUGGAAAAGUUACAAGAGAAGGUGACAAGGUCAUCUACUCAACACGGUUUUAAUGUAUCAGCUUCAAUUCAAGAUGGUCAUGGAGAUCACAGAUCAGACGUUGAUGGCGAUGACUCAGAAUACGAUGCCAAUGAAGAAACUCCACUUGAAUGCUAUGCCACGUUAUUAGAUUCAGAAGAUACGAAUCAAGAUGAAUACGUUGUUUUCAAAGAAGUAAUGCAAAACAUUGAAAGAACAGAUACAGUGUGGUAUAGGGCAUUAACCGGUCAUUUAACUUCAGAACAGCAGAAAGCAUUACAGGAAAUUAUUCUUCUGGCAGAUCAACGUAAAGCAGCCCUUGAAAGUAAAAGAAUUGAACAAAGUGGAGGUUACGCUUUUCAUUCGCAGACUGUUCCAACGUCGUUUAACUUUGGUGGAACGCCUCUGAGCCGAUAAAGACUCCUGAUCGUUUAUAUUUUUAUGUUAAGUAAGUAAAUAAAUUGCGAAGCAUCCGAGUCGAGUAUCCUUAACAAUGCAAUACAUGUUCCCACUCCGUUAAAACCGAGUUAUAUGCGAGUCAAAAUAAAUACGAGAGCGUCCUUUUUUUGUUUGCUUUUUUCACGUCUUUGUGGCUUUUCAUGACUAUAGCUCGGUACAUACAACAAUGGUAGCAUCCUUUCGAGCGUUUGGAAAUCCAUUCCACGAUGGAAUCUGCGGAGAAGCACGUUUCUUUUUACAACGCAAUAGUAAAAUGUAAUUAAUCUUCAUAAUAGAAGAAUGUUAUAUUUAACGUAAAUAAAGAAAAAAAUCUUUAUUUUGUCGUAUAAAAAAUAUUUGUUAUCAUUGUAUAUUUCGAUUUCCAGAUUCCAGGGAAUAAGUUCUGAUCUCGUUUCCAAAUCGCCGUGCUUCUUCGCGGAACUCACGUCAAUCCAUUGUCCAGCGCGAUCGAAUUUUUAUUUUUUUUUUUCUUUUUUUUACACGUGAAAAUAGAAAUGAAAGUAUAAAAAGAAGACAGAAUGCAUGCAAGUGUGCUAGUGUAUGAAAGAAAAAAAAAGGUGGAAAGGGAGAAAUAUUUCGAUCGCUCUUGAAGCGCUCGAAAAAGUGCCUUCAACAUGCUCGACGCGGAUGGGACCUAACUUAAAGACAGUAAAAUUGGAUCGAGGCUAGGACGCUUCUCUAGUUUGUAAGUUCCGUAAACACUGUACUAAAGUAUAAUAAAUUAAUGCUAAUAAAAAGAAACAAUUAUUCAAGA